AUGAAACAAAAAUUUUCAGCUCUUGAUGUGAGGGCCAUGGUGUCCGAUUUAAAAGAAAAAAUUGUUGGACUGAGACUACAAAACGUUUAUGACAUAAAUCCGAAGACUUAUUUAUUUAAAUUUUCAAAGCCGGACAGGAAGGAACUCGUGUUAAUUGAAUCUGGAAGCAGGAUUCAUACAACACAAUUUUCUCGAGAUAAAUCGAUUACUCCUUCACCUUUUUGUAUAAAGCAUAUUAGGACACGAAGACUAACUGAUGUCAGGCAAUUGGGUGUUGAUAGGAUCAUUGACUUUGAAUUUGCUGGCAUUGGUGAAGGCAUAACGUACCAUAUUAUAGCAGAGUUUUAUGCUUCAGGAAAUAUCAUCUUUACAGAUCAUGAAUAUACAAUAUUAUCAUUGCUACGCGUCGUUCAACCUAAAGAAAAUGAAAAGAUUUCCGUUGGCCAAAUAUACAAUAUCAAUGCUGUAUCUCGUGUAGGCGAUCCCGUAACGAGGUUUCGUUUACGAGACGAAUUGACUAAUCAAACUUCCAAAGAUUCGCUAAAAAAAGUGUUAAAUGCUAAAUUGAGUUACGGUCAGUCAUUGACUGAACAUGCCAUUCGCCUUGCAAAUCUGGAUCCAAAUAUGAAAGUUGGGACAGUUGACAAAUCUGAAGAUUCAUCGCAUUUAAGUUCUUUAGAAGCGGGUUUCGCUGAAGGGUAUAUAAUUAUGCUAAAACAUUCACAAAAUAAUGAAGGUGAUGUUGAAGAUGAUGUAACAACUUAUGAUGAGUUUCAUCCUUUUCUUUUCGAACAACAUAAAUCGAAACCCUACAAAGAAUUUGAUUCAUUUGAUUUGGCCGUCGAUGAGUAUCAUUCAUCUAUGGAAAGUCAAAAAUUAUUGUUAAAGCAGAGAAGCCAAGAGAAAGCUGCAUUGAAAAAGUUGGAAGCCAUUAAAAAAGAGCAAUAUUCCAGAGUGGAAAAUUUACAAAGUACACAAGAGAUUAACAUGCGUAAAGCUAGAUUGAUCGAGUCUAAUAUUGAUAUAGUAGAUCAGGCUAUUGUAGUAAUAAGAAAUGCUAUUGCUAGUUCAAUGGAUUGGAAAGACCUUGAAAACUUAGUUAUUGAAGAAAAAAAAAAAGGAAAUCCAAUAGCUGCUGUAAUUGCGGGAUUAAAGCUGGAAAUAAAUCAGAUUACAUUGUUAUUAAAGGAACCAGAAGAAAUUGAUGAAACUUUUUACGAUUCUUCAGAUGAAGAAUCUGAAAAAGAACGAGACCACUUGCAAGAGACAGUACAAGAUAAAGUUGAUGUUGAUAUAUAUUUAUCUGCAUAUGCUAAUGCCAGGAAAUUCUAUGAUGUAAAAAAACAGUCCAUGAUCAAACAAGCAAAAACUUUAGCUGUUGCUGAUAAAGCAUUUAAAAGCGCCGAACAAAAAAUCAAACAAGACCUUAAAGAAACAAAAACAACUGCAUCCAUAAAUAAGAUUCGCAAACCUUUUUGGUUUGAAAAAUUUUUAUGGUUUGUAACAUCCGAAAAUUAUCUUGUCAUCGCCGGGCGUGACAUGCAGCAAAAUGAAUUGUUGGUUAAACGAUAUCUUCGGAAAGGCGAUUUGUACGUCCACGCCGAUUUGCACGGUGCUGCUUCAGUUGUUAUUAAGAAUCCUAAUGACGGUCAGGCAGUGCCUCCGAGCACGCUUUUUCAAGCUGGAAUUAUGUCUGUCUGCCAAAGUAAAGCUUGGGAAGCGAAGAUAGUUACUAGCGCGUAUUGGGUCCACGCGGAUCAAGUAUCUAAAACCGCCCCGACUGGGGAAUACCUUACAACUGGUUCUUUUAUGAUUCGUGGUAAAAAGAAUUUUCUGCCACCUGUACAAUUGGUAUAUGGUCUUGGAUUAUUUUUCAAAAUGGACGAACAAAGUAUUGCAAAUCAUUUGCAUGAACGGCGUCCAUUAAGGGCAGAAGAAGAGUCAAUUGAAAUAGAAAAAUCGGUGAAUGAAGACAAUAAUAUGAAAGAGCUUUACCCUAAUGAUAAUAGUAUUGAUAGUGAAUCAGAAGACGUAGUUGAAACAAUCAAAACCGAAGGUAUUGAAGAGACAAAGUUGAAUGAAAGUGAAGAUGAGAAUUAUUAUAAUGAGGAAGAAACGCAAGAACACGCAUUAAAUCAACAAUUAGAUUUAAGUGAAAAUUUACAGAGUUCUAUGAAGCUCGAUAUUCCAGCUUGGGAUAAGUAUAAUCUAGAUGAGUAUGGAGAAGAUAAAGAUGCUGAGGAGGAUAUUAAUCAAGGAAACAGUGAUAAAUCGAAAAAAAAAUACAUAUCUACGAAAGAAAGGAAAAUGCUAAAAAAGCAAAAGCAAACUGCUUCUGGAGAUAAAGGUUCGAAAACUCUUGUACCAUCAGCCUCUGAUUCGCCCGGAGAUUUAGUAUCGCAAAAAGAAUCAUAUGUUUCUGGAAAAGGAAAGUCAAGCAAAACACCCCAAGUCAAAGGCAAGAAAGGGAAAAAGGAAACGCAAAAUCAAAAAAUUUCUAAACAAACUACAAGUAAUUUGAAAGAGGAUUCAAUUGACCUGAACAAAUCUCAAAAUGAUGCACAAGAAGAUCCAGCAUCUCAAAAUCAGGAAGUGGAACUCGAAGAAUUUGAUGAAGAUUUGGCUUCAGGAAUUAAAAAUGAAGAAGCCGAAGAGAUUCGUCAACUUUUAAAGGAAGAAAAUAUAACACUUUUGGAAGCUGAUGCAAUGGAGAAUUUGACUGUCCUUGAUACUUUGACUGGAAUUCCGUUGCCGGAUGAUAACCUACUAUUUGCUGUCCCAGUAUGUGCACCUUAUACAGCUUUGCAGAAAUUCAAGUACAAAGUUAAAUUGACACCAGGAUCGAUGAAAAAAGGAAAAGCUUGCAAAACUGCUACGACAUUUUUCCUAAGUGAUCCGGCUAUGACACCACGCGAAAAAGAACUAGUCAAGAGUAUUCCUGAUAUGGAAAUGAUAUCAGUGAUGUUGGGUAAAAGUAAAGUAUCUGCUCCAAAUAUUGAACAAUCUAAAAAAGCAGCGAAAAGACGAAAAGCAACAAAUAAGGAG